UACAUGCAAACAUCAGGAAAGACAUACAGCAUACAUCUGUGGUCUAAUGACUCAGUUCAACACGAGAGGCAGCUCUGUGCAAGAUGCUUCCAGUAAACUGGCUGUCCGACAAAAGGUCUGCGUUGAGUCCUCUGUUCAAGAAAGAAUAUCUGCUCUUGAGGGGAAUCUGCCAGGUGCUGUGGAUGCAACCAGCAGCUCUCACAUUCCUAAGCCUGAAUUUAGGAAAAUAUUCGCAGCUACCCCCAUCCUGAAUGUGGAGCCAUCAUCGCUCAGAGCGCAAUCAUUUAAACCUGCCAAAACACAGAGACACACUGCCUGUUCCUCCAUGCCUGGUCUUCCCAACAAUUUGGUGAUGAAAUCCCAGAAACUUAACCAUAUAACAACAAGUGGAAGUCACAAUAAAUUUCAUCUGGAGAGCACCGACCCCUCUGUUCUCAAGAAAAGAAUACUUCCUGCUUUGUUUGUUCUGGGAAGUCCUCCUCCAAAGCCUGACAGGCCUCCGAGUAUUGACAUUCAUCAAUUUGGAAGGAAUAGAAUGUCUUUGGCUGAUGGGAUGAAGAUUCCACGUCCUGUUGCCCUUCCACCUUUACAUUCAUGCCCGCCAUCCAACCAUGAAGCCGCUUUGAGCUCGAUAGAACAAUCGGUCGAUGAGGAGCUCUACGAUGAUUGCAUCAUGAACCCUUCACUACUUCCCCUUAAAGGUUCCUCCACCACGUUCCCUUUUUAAAAACAAUUCACUAAAUAUAUCCAUCAUUGUUUCAAUCAGUCAGGUGUUCAUUGUUUAAAAUGUCCUAUCGCACAAAAGCAAAUUAAAUCGCUUAAAAGACAAGGUCACUGAAUUACUUGUUCCAUUGUCUCCACAGG